AUGAAUAACAACAACAAGUCUGGCCCCGGGCAAUCCCCCUUUCCCAACUCCGGUCCCCUGGUCCGACAAACCCCCACAAACUCUCAGUCAAGCCAACCGUACACGAGCUCAUACAGCAACAACUUCGACAGAAACAACUCCAGAUACAGCACUGGAAGAACAGACGAAAGCAGAUACAGCCAGGAGAACAAUGACUACACCAUCCCACCUCGAUCGCCACAGCGUCUAUCGCCUCCGCGCCAGCAACCCAAGCGCGAACAGGCUGAACGAGCUUGGGAGGACAGCAUCUAUGGCAUGUACGGUGACUUGAAGACGCCGAGAGACCCACCACGGCAGAAUCAGCAGUCAAGACGGCAGUACCAGCAAGAAGACGACGACUCGUAUGACGAAGAGGUGCCCCGGCGCCCCGAUCCCGAGCCGGCACGGCCACGCCCGAACCGGGCUCGCACCAAUCCCGAGGAGGGACCGAGGCGUGCGAACACCACUCGUCAGAACCAGCAAAAUGAGAGAUCUGGUCGCUCAGAGAGACGAGACCGUGGAGAUCAGCAAAAUCGGCAAGAUGGCCGGAAUGCUGACGGCAACUACCGACGUGUGCACAUCAAUAUCGACACAGGCGGUGAUGGUGGCCGCUCUUGGACAUGGAGUACCGAUGACCGUGAUCGCGAGCGCACCAACGUCAACAUUGGAACUCCUUUUGGAGGCACAGGCUUUGGUGGAUCAGGGCCAUCACUUGUCAACUUCGGUGACUCUGGUUUUCCAUUUAGUGGUCGGAACAACGGCGGUGGCAGAUUGCCUGUGAAUGUGCCUUUCGUCAACGGACUCCCGGUUAACCUGCCAUUUGGAUUGUAG